ACACUCAAUUUGGCCCCAAAAUUGCGCCUUUUUCAUCCCAUCGUUCCCGCCAUUGCUAAACCCUCGAUCUAGAUCGAAAUGGGUUUGGGGGCCGCGGCGGCGGCGGCGAAGAAGAAGGCGCAGCGCCGGUUCAAGCUAAGAGGGUUCACCCUCAAAGUCGACGCCUUGGAUGAAGCCCUCGCGUUCGUGUCCCGAUUCCCUGAGGCCGAGGACGAGGCUCUCGAUCUCCUCAUCGAUGAGAUCGACAAAGAAUCACUGAAAUCGUCAAUUUUGGAUCGGGACGCGAUUCAGAGAGUUGUGAGCUUGUUGCUCGAGGCUGAAUCGGCUGUGGAACCGACCGCAAGUGUUGCUAGUAGUCGCACGGCGCUCAGAGUCAUUGAUGUGUUCCUUGUCCCGAGAUUCCGAUAUGAUUCCAUCAAGAGAGUGUUCUACGAGCAUACAGGAAAGUUGCCAAUCCAUGGGGAAGCAGGUGAUAAAGCAGCACUAUACAGGGAUAGGUUCCAGCUAUUGCUUCAAAGGCUUUCUCGAGAUAAAUACUUUUCAAGACCAGCAUUUGAUACUAUAAUGUCUGACUCAGAUAGUUAUGAGAUAACUCCAAUUCAAUCUUUAAUUGGAUGUACGGGAAGGAGGUGGAUCAUGGGGGUUAUAUCUCAAUUAGAAGAAGGCCAUUUUUUCUUGGAGGACCUUACUGCAGCUGUGCCAAUUGACUUAUCUAGUGCAAAGAUAACUUCUGGAUUCUUUGUUGAGAACACAAUAAUCGUGGCAGAAGGAGAGCUUCUUUCAAAUGGCACCUUUCAGGUCAAUACUUGUGGCUUUCCACCUUUGGAGGACAGAGACACUUCACUUUCAUUAAUCAUGGGACUUGAUUUCUUUGGUGGUGGUAUACUCUCAACAGAAGAAACUCUUCGACUAUCAGGGCUUGAAAAGAAUGCAGUCAAUGAUAUGUUUGUGAUUCUUUCUGAUAUAUGGUUGGACAAUGAUGAGGCCAUGGAAAAGCUAGCUGUGGUCUUGGAUGGUUAUAACAGUGUGGAGGUAGUUCCAUCUUUGUUUAUUCUGAUGGGAAAUUUCUGCUCUCGUCCUUGUAAUCUUGCCUUCAAUUCAUUCUCAAGUCUCAGGUCGCAGUUUGGCAAACUUGGGGAAAUGAUUUCAGCCCGUUCAAGACUCAAAGAGCAAAGCCGGUUUUUGUUAAUCCCUGGUCCAGAUGAUGCAGGUCCAUCAAAAGUUCUACCAAGGUGUGCAUUACCAAAAUACUUAAUAGAAGAACUUCAAGAGCAUGUCCCUAAUGCUAUUUUCUCAAGCAAUCCUUGCAGAAUUAAAUUUUAUACACAAGAAAUCGUAUUAUUUCGUCAAGAUCUGUUGUAUAGAAUGCGUCGUUCCUCCCUGAUCCCUCCAUCAACUGAAGAAACAAGCGAUCCAUUUGAACAUCUUGUGGCCACAAUCACUCAUCAAAGUCAUCUAUGUCCAUUGCCUCUCACUGUGCAACCCAUCAUCUGGAAUUACGAUCAUUGCCUUCGCUUAUAUCCGACUCCUCAUACGAUAAUACUCGGGGACAGAAGCGAACAGAAAGCAUUCAAAUACACCGGAAUCACAUGCUUCAACCCGGGUUCCUUCUCUAAUGACAGCACAUUCGCAGCUUAUCGACCUUCUACUCAAGAAGUCGAACUCUCGGCACUAGAAAACUAACAUUGUAGCAACAACCACUGUACUUUUGUGACCCGGAAAUUUCUGUAUUAUAAAUGAUAAAAAAUUUUAGUAUGUGCCAAAGUUCAAUAUUCAUUUGCCAACAGAAAUAACUACCUCUCUUUGAAUGAUUGUAUUGAAUUCAAGUAAAUUUUCACUAGCAAUGA